AUGGAGGAGAAGUACCUGCCGGAGCUGAUGGCGGAGAAGGACUCCCUGGACCCCUCCUUCACGCACGCUCUGCGGCUGGUGAACCAAGAAAUAGAAAAGUUUCAAAAAGGAGAAGGCAAAGAUGAAGAAAAGUACAUUGAUGUGGUGAUUAAUAAGAACAUGAAGCUGGGACAGAAAGUGUUAAUUCCUGUAAAACAGUUCCCUAAGUUCAACUUUGUGGGGAAACUUUUGGGUCCACGUGGCAAUUCUCUGAAGCGUUUACAAGAAGAAACCUUGACAAAAAUGUCCAUCCUUGGAAAAGGUUCCAUGAGAGACAAGGCAAAGGAAGAAGAGUUGAGGAAAAGUGGAGAAGCAAAGUACUUCCACCUUCAUGAUGAUCUGCACGUUCUCAUUGAAGUUUUUGCCCCACCAGCAGAAGCGUAUGCCCGAAUGGGACAUGCUUUGGAAGAAAUCAAAAAGUUCCUCAUUCCUGACUAUAAUGAUGAGAUCAGGCAAGCGCAGCUCCAGGAAUUAACAUAUUUGAAUGGUGGCUCAGAAAACGCAGAUGUACCAGUUGUUCGAGGGAAAUCCACUUUGCGUACAAGAGGCGUACCAACCCCAGCAAUAACCAGGGGAAGGGGAGGAGUCACAGCCCGGCCGGUUGGAGUCGGUGUGCCACGCGGGACGCCAACCUCCAGGGGAGUCCUUUCCACCCGAGGGCCAGUGAGUCGGGGAAGAGGACUGCUCACUCCCCGAGCAAGAGGAGUCCCCCCAACUGGGUACAGACCUCCACCGCCACCCCCAACACAAGAGACCUAUGGAGAUUAUGACUAUGAUGAUGGAUAUGGCACUGCUUAUGAUGAACAGAGUUAUGAUUCCUAUGAUAACAGCUAUAGCACCCCAGUCCAAAGUGGCGCAGAUUACUAUGAUUAUGGACAUGGACUCAGUGAAGAGACCUACGAUUCCUACGGGCAAGAGGAGUGGACUAACUCAAGACACAAGGCACCUUCAGUGAGGACAGCAAAGGGCGUCUACAGAGACCAGCCAUAUGGCAGAUACUGAUUGUACUGUCUGAUGUUGUGAAAUAGCCAAUCUGUGGCCACCAGUCCUGUAUACUGUUCAAAGUAAUUUUUUUCUAUGAACAAUCCCUUUUUAAAUAAAUCAAAAUGCUUAAAAUCUGAAUGGAUGGAACUUAAAACUACUUUGUUGAAACAUCAAUCUGGGCAGAAAAAAAAAAGACAUGUAAAAUUUUGUUAUUUCCAGUCUGUAUAUGAAAAAAUAGGUCAUCAAAAGGAAAAAAAAAUAACUUUGAUUAACUAGUGUUAAACAGAAAAAUAGGUUUACUAAAUAUGUUAAUCCAUCCUUUUAACAUAAGCCUCACCUUUCAUUUUAAAGGUUUCCAUAGAGUUUAGUUAUUUGAUCUUUCAGCCAUAUGCUAGUUUUUAUUUCUCUUGCCAACAUGCGUAAAAAGGGAAGCCAAUUACAAGUGCAAAUAAUGUGGUAUUCUUUUGUAACUCGAGUCUUGAAAUGUUCUGUAGUGUUAAGCAAAGUCUCCUCUUGCUUGAUACUAAAUAAA